UUGGAGUCACCUUGGAAACAGUUGAAAGGUAGUGCGCUGGGACCCAAAUCACGUUGUUCGGCAAAUUUAGCAGAAAGUCUGCAAGGUUAUACCAUAAUUAUACCUUUCAAUCAGUCAAACACAUAUUAAGACGCAAACUAGGGCUCAAAAUGGGAUGUGGAGGCUCAAAAGCGGCGGAAACUUCGCCAAAUCAGAGGAAGGGAGGAAAAGUGGACCCCAGCACCUUGCCUAACUACCCAGAACUCAGCAAGCAUAACAAUUGGAUGGCAAAAUGUCUCACACCAGAGACCUUUGCUGCUCUUCAGGACCUCAAAACACCUGCUGGUUACACCCUGGACGAGGUCAUCCAGACUGGAGUGGACAACCCUGGACAUCCUUUUAUCUAUACAGUGGGUUGUGUGGCUGGUGAUGAGGAGUCUUAUGACACCUUUGCGGAGCUGUUUGACCCAGUUAUUGAAGGGCGUCAUGGUGGCUACAAGAAGAGCGCCAAGCACAAGACUGACUUAGAUGCAUCCAAAAUCAUUGGAGGGGAAAACUUGGACCCAACCUACGUGUUCUCUGUUCGCGUGCGUACUGGACGUAGUGUGCGUGGCUACUCCUUGCCUCCAUUCUGUACACGUGCAGAGAGACGUGACGUGGAGAAGAUUCUGUGUGAUGCCUUAGACACACUAGAGGGCCCUCUCAAAGGGACAUACUACCCCUUGACUGGCAUGUCAGAGGAAACCCAAGAACAGUUGAUCAACGACCAUUUCCUGUUCGACAAGCCAGUCUCUCCUCUCCUCCUGUCCUCUGGAAUGGGACGUGAUUGGCCUGACGCUCGCGGCAUCUGGCACAACGAGGCCAAGAACUUCUUGGUCUGGGUGAACGAGGAGGACCACUGUCGUGUGAUCUCCAUGGAGAAGGGAGGCAACAUGAAGGCAGUGUUUGAACGCUUCUGUGAUGGACUGAAGAAGGUUGAAAGCGCCAUGGAGAAGCAAAACUACCAGUUUAUGUGGAACGAGCAUCUUGGCUUCGUGCUCACCUGCCCCUCCAACCUGGGCACGGGACUGCGUGCGGGUGUGCAUGCAAAACUGGAGUUACUCAGCAAGGACGCAAGGUUUGACGACAUCUUGAAAACCCUGCGCCUUCAGAAACGCGGGACCGGUGGUGUGGACACCGCAGCUCAGGGAGGCGUCUUUGACAUCUCCAACCUCGAUCGCCUGGGCAAGUCCGAAGUGGAGCUCGUCCAGAUGGUCAUCAAUGGCGUCGACCUCCUGGUGCAGAUGGAGAAGUGUCUACAGGCUGGCAACAGCAUUGACGAGCUGAUUCCUCUUGGUUGCUACAGACCCGAAGGAAACUUCCCCGAUUUGUCUUGUCAUAACAACUGGAUGGCGCGCUGUCUCACCCCCGCCAUCUUUGAAAGUUUGAAGGACAAGAAGACGGCCACUGGUUUCACUCUUGACCAGGCCAUCCAGACUGGAGUGGACAACCCUGGACAUCCUUUUAUCUAUACAGUGGGUUGUGUGGCUGGUGACGAGGAGACGUACGAAACCUUCGCUGAACUCUUCGACCCUGUCAUUGAAAAGCGUCACAACGGCUACACCAAGGACAUGAAGCACAAGACCGAUCUCAACCCCUUCAACUUGGAGGGCGGACAUGACCUGGAUGAAAAAUACGUCCUGUCUUGUCGCGUACGCACUGGCCGUUCCAUCAAGGGCUACUGCCUCCCUCCUCACUGUUGUAGAUCUGAGCGUCGUGCUGUCGAGAAGUUGUUAAAGGAUGCUUUGGAUUCAAUGGAAGGCGAGUUUAAGGGCCAGUACUACCCCCUGAAUAACAUGACAGAGGCACAACAACAGCAGCUGAUUGAUGACCACUUCCUGUUCGACAAACCUGUCUCUCCUCUCCUUCUGUCCUCCGGAAUGGGCCGUGACUGGCCUGACGGUCGUGGCAUCUGGCACAACGAGCUGAAGAACUUCUUGGUCUGGGUGAACGAGGAAGACCACAUGCGCAUUAUCUCGAUGGAGAAGGGAGGCAACAUGAAGAGGGUCUUCACCAGGUUCUGCGAGGGUCUGAAUAAGACGGAGGAGCUGAUCAAGGGGAAGGAUAAGGGAUUCAUGUGGAAUGAGCACCUGGGCUACAUCCUCACCUGCCCAAGCAAUCUGGGCACUGGGCUCCGCGCUGGUGUACACAUACGCUUGACCAAGCUGUCCACCCACGAGAGGUUCCCACACAUCCUGGAGGCCCUGCGUCUGCAGAAGCGUGGUACAGGAGGCGUGGACACAGCAGCCACUGGAGGUAUCUUUGAUGUCUCUAACCUGGACAGGCUCGGCUUCUCUGAGGUGGAACUGGUACAGAAGGUGGUGAGCGGUGUUCAGCUGCUGAUUGAGAUGGAGAAAAAGCUGGAGAAGGGCCAGGCCAUUGACGACCUGUUCCCAGCAGGCAUGCCAGAGGUGAAGAAAGAGGAGGCCAAGUCCCAGAAACCCUACAGAGCCACAGUGUUCUCUUCCAACUUCCCAGACCUGUCCAAGCACAACAACUGGAUGGCUAAGUGUAUCCACAAGGAGAUGUAUGACAGACUGAGCAAGUUGAAGACCAAGAUGGGGGUCACUCUGGACAAGAACAUCCAGACAGGAGUGGACAACCCUGGUCACCCCUUUAUCUACACAGUGGGGGCAGUCGCCGGGGAUGAGGAAAGCUACCAGCUUUUCGCCGAGUUGUUUGAUCCAAUCAUUGAGAACAGACACAACGGUUAUACAAAGGCGAUGAAACACAAGACUGAUCUCGACUCUUCUAAACUUACUGGCGGUGACUUCGAUCCUGAGUACGUGCUCUCUUCCCGUGUGCGCACUGGGCGUAGUAUCCGUGGGUUCCGCCUGCCACCAUGCACAAACCGUGCUGAGCGCCGUGCAGUGGAGAAGAUUGUUACCACUGCUCUGGGCACCUUUGAUGGGCCAUAUCAGGGCAAAUAUUACCCCCUGGCUGGCAUGACUGAAGAGGAACAGGAGCAACUCAUCAAUGAUCACUUCCUCUUCGACAAACCAGUCUCUCCUCUCCUCCUGUCUUCAGGAAUGGCACGCGACUGGCCAGACGCUCGUGGCAUUUGGCACAAUGAUGCCAAGAACUUCUUGGUCUGGGUGAAUGAAGAAGACCACAUGCGCAUUAUCUCAAUGGAGAAGGGAGGCAACAUCAAGGCUGUAUUUGACCGUUUCUGUGAGGGUCUGCAGAAGUUCGAGGCCGCCAUGAAGAAGCAGAAGCACAGUUUCAUGUGGAACGAGCACCUCGGGUUCGUGCUCACCUGCCCCAGCAAUCUCGGCACAGGCAUUCGUGCGGGCGUGCACGUCAAGCUCCCCAAGAUGGCUGAAGAGCCUCGUUUUGGCGACAUCCUCAAGGCACUCAGGUUACAGAAACGUGGCACCGGUGGUGUUGACACCGCUGCCGUGGGCGGAAUCUUCGACAUCUCCAAUCUCGACCGAUUGGGAUUCUCUGAAGUUGAACUGGUGCAGCAAGUAUGUGAUGGCGUGAACUGCCUGGUUGAGAUGGAAAAGAGGCUGGAGAAAGGGGAACCCAUCGAUGACAUCUUACCAAAAUCUAUGAGACCAGAGGCACCUGCCCAAACACCAGCAGCUGAGACAGCCGAACAAACUCCCGCCGCAGAAGAACAGGCACCAGCCACCGAACAAGCACCAGCCGAGGAACAGGCACCAGCAGAGGAUGGCGCCGCAGCUGAAGCUGAGAAUAAAGAUGAAGGAGCAGCGCCAGCAGAGCAAAAACCAGCUGAAGAAGAAAAGAAAGAGGGAGAAAGUGCACCAGCAGAAUCCUAAAAUAUCGCAUUCUCAGCUUGAAGACUUUAUGAUUGCCCAAAAAUAUUGCCUUUGAUUGGUUUUUGUAUCUUAGAUAUUCCACAAACAAUUCAGAUUUGGAUUUGUCACUUGGGAAAAUUCAUCUAAAGACUAACACCCUACAAAUUUACUGUGUGCUAUUUUUUUCAGCUAUUUAUAAACAUGGCAUUCUCGUGGAAUAAAAGAUACUGAUCUAGCAGGACCAAUACCAUUUGAAUGUAGAACCUUCACAAAAAGACAUCUGAUAGAAAUAAGCCAGCAAACGAUAGCUGUACCCUUACUACCAUCUAUUAUAGUAGAAAGGGAUCAGUUCAUCAUAAUAUUGUUCAGCACAAAUACAGCCCUUAAUGAAAAUAUAUCUUGUUGCAGAUUCCCAUUUAAUUUUCUUUUCCCAUAUUUAUUAUUUAUCGCUUAAAGCUGGGAUGUCUCUUAGCUUCAGAACUUCAAGUGAGGAUGGUAACCAUUGCUUGCCACUGAAAAAGGCAUAUUUUUUUUUGCUUAACCGUCACUAGUUUUUACUUGCCUGUUAUUAACAAGUUUUCCAUCUAUGCAUAUUUUGUACAUAAAAUACACGUCAUGUUUGUGUUUGUUUUUUGAUGGGGUAAAUUAUUUGAUCAUAUUUAAUAUGUCGAGUUGAGGUACAAGUUUUAAAUGAGUAGUGAAUAGAGAGGCCAAAUCAAUGUAAAGGACUUGAUAUUUAUAAAGAAAGUGUCUUAUGCAUAAAAUGAUACUAGAUCAAUUUUUUUUACUUUGCUGUCUCAUCACAAUUGAUAAUUUUGCUUUAUCCAAGCACUUAAAUGUUUAUUAUGAAGCGUUGGUUAACUUUGGAAGGUAAACAUUCCUUAUGUUGUCAAGACAAACAUUCUUGUACAGUGAACUGGGCUUUUUUGUGAAUAAAGAGUGAAGUUUUUUGUGAA